UUUUAAUAUAUAAACUCUGAAUUAAAAGAUGGGAAAUUGUACUUUUUCCAAACAAGAUGAGCAAGAAAGCAUGUGAGCUAUCACUAGGAAUCAUUUUUCGAUGAUCUACGCCAUUGGUAAAGGCGGUUUUGGUAAAGUCUGGAAAGUUGAGAAAAAGAAGACCAAAGAAUUAUAUGCCAUGAAAGAGAUGUCCAAAGCGAGAAUUAUUUCGAAAAAGUCAACGAGGUCUGUAAUGAACGAGAGGAUGAUCCUAGCCGACAUUAAAUAUCCGCUGAUCGUUAAUAUGUCUUAUGCAUUCCAAGAUAGGGAAAAUUUGUACCUUGUGAUGGAUCUUCUCACCGGAGGAGAUUUAAGGUACCACCUUUGCUGCCACAGAAAAUUUUCUGAAGAGCAAACAAGGUUCUUCAUUGCAUGAAUUGUGAGUGCACUGGAAUACAUUCAUCAGAAAGGAAUUAUUCAUCGUGAUAUUAAGCCUGAAAAUCUGGUUUUGGACUCUGAUGGUUAUGUGAGAAUCACAGAUUUCGGAAUAGCUAGGCUACUCAAACCUGAAAAUUACCAAGACACUAGCGGUACACCAGGCUAUAUGGCUCCAGAGGUCAUGUGCAGGCAAAAUCAUGGUAUUGGAGUAGACUAUUUUGCAGUCGGAGUCAUUGCUUAUGAAUGUAUGUUCGGUAGAAGGCCAUAUAUCGGCAGAUCAAGGAGGGAAAUUAGAGACCACAUCCUCAAUAGACAAGUUGCUAUUAAGAAAGGUGAUGUUCCUCGAAACUGGAGCUUGCAAGCAGCUGAUUUCAUCAAUAAAAUGAUACUAAGAAAGCCAAGCAGGAGGUUAGGCUAUAAUGGUCCCUCAGAAGUAAAAAAUCACCCUUGGCUUGUAGACUUUCCAUGGGACGAUCUCUUUCAUGGGAGGGUCAAGCCAAGAUAUCUUCCUAAACAAAAAGAGGAUAACUUCGACUCCAAAAAUAUUAAUGAAGAAUGGAAGGAUCAAGAUAGUGAUAAAAUGAAAGAGAACACACUCCUUCUCAGGAGAAAUUCAGUCCAAAACUUAUUCAAUGGCUAUUAUUAUGAUGCAACUAUUGCUGCAAUUGCUGGUUCAAAGCUAAGUUCUAUAAACUCUGAGAAUAAGACUGCAAAGGAAGUCAAACCUGAAGAUGAGAGUAAGAAGAAGGAGAAAGACAAGAACGUGAAUACUUCUGAAAUUACUACAAAAGCCAUUGUCAGUAAGCCAAAUGUAUAAU